GGGAUUGGGAUUGGGAUUGGGAGGAGGAAGGAGGAGGGGGAGAGGAGGUUUGAUGGUGAGGUGGAGGUCGAGCAGCAGCAGCAACCACAUCAAUGGGGGGAGCAGGUUUCUGGGUUUGCGAGCUCGCAGGGUCAGGGUCAGGGUCAGGGGGGUAGCUUGCUGGGAUUGGGGGCGUUGAGGCGCGGGAUCGAGGAAGAGCCCAGGGAGCAUCAGAUCGCGCGGGCGAUUGUGAAUGAUUGUCUGGAGAGGGGGGAUGAUAGUGUGGACUUGAGCGGCGGAAACCUUCGCAGCAUCCCGUCCGGCCUGCUUCGUCCGCUGCAGCACCUCACCAAACUCCCCGCCAUCAAGGAACCCCCCGUCACGGAAGACGUCUACACCUCGCUCGAGCCGUUCCUGCGGCUGUUCCUCGCCGGGAACGCCCUGCCCAAGCUGUGCGGCGAGCUCUUCGAGCUGGACACGCUGCGCGUCCUGAGCCUGCGCAACAACAAGCUCACCGAGAUCCCGGCCGCGAUCCGCCGCCUGACCAUGCUGCAGGAGGUCAAUCUGUCCGUCAACCGGCUGCGCAGCCUCCCCUGGGAGCUGCUGUGGUUGAUCCGCAAAGGCGACCUGAAGCAUCUCACCGUGCGGCCGAACCCGCUCCUACAGAUCGACGACGGAGCCCACGACCCCGAGGCCGCCGUGGCCGAGUGGCACAUCCCCCGCGAGGAGCUGCGGUCGUGCGUCUACGAGGGCCCCGCGCCCGAGCAAGCCUGGGCCCCCGUGCAUGUCGCCACCGGCCCCGUCCGCCGCUACAAUGCCGAAGGCGUGCUGCUGCUGCCGCCGGCCGGCAGCAGCUCGCAGCCUGUUGGAACAGCAAUGGAGCUCGAUGCCGCCACCGACACCGACACUGACCCCUCCACCAACCCCCAAGACCGCCCAUGCCCAACACCCCUCCCUCCAGCUGCCUCGCGCGUCCCCUCCCUCCGCGAAGUCGCCCUCCUCUCGCUCACCCGCUCCCCGUCCUUCGAUCUCCUCUCGGACGCCGAGCUGGCCGGCUACCCGGCCUUGAUGCUGCGGCUGCUGCGCGACGCAAGGGAGGUGCGCGCCGCCGGCGGCCGCAGCUGCUCCGUGUGUCACCGUGGGUUCGUGCUCGCGCGCACCGAGUGGAUCGAGUGGUGGGACUGCAGCACGUACGAGAACGGGUUGAAGGGCCCGCGGCCGUCCGGGGAGGGGCUUCGGCCGUUGCCCUUCCGGCGGUUGGGGUGUAGUUGGGGGUGUGUGCCGGGGGCUGAAAUCUGA